UUGGCUUGGCCAGCGCCACGUUCCGAGGCCGUUUAUGGCGGCGGGGCCGGGCCACCGCUCCAAAACAAAGGGCAGGCGGCCGCGGGGCGGCGGCGGGAGGAUGCCUCGCGGCGGGCCAGGGCGCCAACGGCCACACCGCGUCCCGGGCCACACCGGGACCGCCUGAGCGCCGAGCCCGCUCCGACAGAGCCGGGGCCGGAUGGGCGCUGCGGACCGGGCCGCGGACCGCCGAGCGGCCGUUGCACUGGUUUUCUUUUGCCCCAGUGUGUGGACACUACCACACGCCUUCCAAACCAGCAACGGCUCUUGCAUGUAUUUUCCAGUGUUUCCUUUGUCAGAGAGUCCGACAGAGCCAUAGCUCCUCCAGAGCUGGCCCGGAGCGGAUAGACGAGCGCCCAGCAGACAUGGUGAAAAUGACCAAAUCCAAAACAUUCCAAGCUUAUCUGCCACACUGUCACCGAACUUACAGCUGUAUCCACUGCAGAGCCCAUCUGGCCAAUCACGAUGAACUCAUCUCCAAGUCCUUUCAGGGAAGUCAGGGGCGAGCCUACCUCUUCAACUCUGUGGUGAAUGUGGGCUGCGGCCCCGCUGAGGAGAGAGUCCUCCUAACUGGGCUGCAUGCAGUGGCCGACAUCUACUGUGAGAACUGCAAGACGACGCUUGGGUGGAAAUACGAACACGCCUUUGAGAGCAGCCAGAAAUACAAGGAAGGAAAAUUUAUCAUUGAACUUGCCCACAUGAUCAAAGACAACGGCUGGGAGUAAAGUGAAGCAGCCCAUUCUGUCGUGAAAGCCGAGUGUGACGAAGACCUAGCUGCUUGAUGACAGUACCUGUUGAACCUAACCCCACAGGCCAGCCCAGUCUGAACACUUGAAGGCCUCUCUCUUGGUGCCCCAUCUGAGUCCCCUUCAUGUACACUAGUGUUCCUGGAAGUUUGCAUUCUUUUUCUAACUUAAGUUCUAGAGAAAGAAUUAACCAAGUGAUGACUCACCUGCCUAGUUAAUACCUUCUUUUCCCCUACGCCUUCGACGUAGUCUGGCUGUGUCUUCACCAAAGCCAAGUCCCUAAAAGCACAGAAGCAGGGUCUCCUUCACAAGCAUUGGCAUAGUGACCAGAAGUAGCCAACAGAUUUAAAUGCAAAGCAUGAUGCUUCAAAAGUUGAAACCAGCCACUGCUGAUAUGUUAGAGAAGCUACAGAAGAAAGCAUUCAAUGCACAUCUUAUUUCACUAGUGGCUGAAUGUGCUGCCCCAGGCCUACCGCAGCCUGCUCCAGACUCCCUCAGUGCUGCAGCAGCUCGUAUGGAGGGCUGGUCCCUGUCAUAGAGCAGCAGGCUGGGCUUCAUUUUUACCCUGGAUGUACUUGAAGUAGUUAUGCAUAGAGGCCGGAACCAGCAGGGAGAACUUCAAAACUUGAGAUUUUUUUUUUCUUUUCUCUUGAUAAAGGAAGACUUAGCAUACUGUGGGAGCUACCUUUCCUGCCUGGAGUCACCUCAUGACCUGAGAGGGAAGGGUCUGGGCAUCCCGAAAGCCCUGGAUCUCUCAGAUUUUAGGUCACAACCCAUCAUUCCCCAUACAUCCAUAGGAGUGACCAGUUUGCAGAAGAUGGAGGCCAGAACCAUUCCCAGAUAAGUUUCAAUUUUUUUGCACCUGACCCAGGGCAAAGCAACAUGCCAGGAGAGUGCUCAGCCACAGUUUGCUCUAGCGCUGCCUGAGGUGUGGUUAGCCUAAAAGCCCCAAACCUUCUAAACCCUGUCCUCUGGCCAGCACAGGCGCUUCAUUUGUCUACUCCAGCUCACUACUCACUCCAAAGCCUACAUUUUGGUGCCAUUUCUUUGCCCAAGACUGGAAGCCUGGUAAUAUAAGAAAUGCCUGGGCAACUGAAGACAUGUUUGCAUGGUCUGUGAAUCUCUCUGCCUAAUCCUAGCCCAAGCUGCUUUCUCCCCCAACUACUACUCGGUUCCCUUCAAAAUAAAGCUGGCCCAGAACAAGGUAAUUCUACCCAGUAAGGUAACUGCUUACUCAGCACAGGUAGUGGGUGUGCAUGAAGCCUAGGGGCCCAAAGGCCAUCCUUCUCUAGGAAUGCACACUAGUCUACAGCUCCAAGUGGACAUAACACCCUGGCUAGUUUUUAAUACACUUGCAAGUGGGAACUUUGUGGCUGAGGCACGGGAGACCGGAUAUCAACCAGCGGAAGGAAACUCAAGGGUAUCCUGAGUAGGUCCCUAUAGAUGCUUCACUUAAAUUGAACAAUCUUUGAGAAUUCUUCUGACCAGUUUUUUUGUAUAUACUAAGAUUAUAUUUACAGGUUUUUGUUUUUGUUUUUGUUUUUUUACGUUCUGGGCUUCCUGCCCUUCUACUUGAGCACUUUGCAUUGUCUUUUGUGAUAGCACUGAUUGGAAACUUUUUGCUAGUACUCUUUAUGACUUAUUUUGUAUUGGGGGUAAUGGAUACCAACAAAACUUUUAUGAAGUUUUUUUGGAUUUUGUGUUGGCCUUCUGUGAAAUAGAAACUUUUUAAACCAAAAGAAAUGACCAUGAGCUGGCUUCAGGGGAAAGUGACGCAACACUACAACCAGUGUUCUGGUGACCUGUCAAACUGGCUCACCUUAUGUUUCUAAACAGUGUCAUUCUGUAGCUAUCUUAGAAAUGUUUUCUUCAGAACAGUGGGAAGUUAUACCAGGUCAUAAAUGCCACUUUACUUUAGAAAUGUGGUUUAUUUUGUUGCCAUCUUGUUAGUAUAUACACAGUAUUUUUAUACCUUAAUGCUUAUUCUUGAUGGCAUCUGUCAGAUAUUUGAAAAGAUCAGAAAUGAGAUUCCCCCCCCUCCAAAAAGUCCUUUAUUUUCUGAUGAGCUCAUCAGGUACUUUUCAAAACCCAGUUUUACUGUCUAAAAAGCUACCAUUUCAGCUCUAGAUAACCUAUGGAAAUAAGCCCUGGUGGCCUGUCCUCUGUGCUGGAGGACAAGAGUGAAGAGGACAAGUGUAGGCUGCUGAGCAAGGCUGACUGGACAGUGACUUGGAAGCUACUGGGAGUUCACCACGAAUAGCAGGACCACCAAGCUCAAGCAUACAAAGCACCCUCGGCCUCCCUGUCCCCUAGGCCAGAGCCGUCAGCCUUGGUGGCACGUCUGUGUGAGAUAUAAAAAUAAAGCUUCUGUUGUCAAACAGCAA